AGGCAAUCGCCGUGACUUCCGAAGCUAGCGAUUGGCCUGUUUGGAAAGCAAGUCUAGGUUUAAACUAGUAACGUGCGGGGAGCGGCGAAGCUUGUAGCUGUGUGUAGGCUUGUGAGGAGAGCUCAGAUCCGUUCACAUUGGGCGUCUUUAAGGCAGAGCAGUCAUGUCCGACCUGCAGGAGAGCUAUUCGUACGAUGUUCCCGUCUGUGAGUUUGGUGACGAUGAUGAUAAUAAUAAUGUAGACUCCUGGUUCGAUCAGGUUGCAGAUGUAGAGAAUAUCCCACCAGAGUCUGCUCUAACCGCAGAGAACACUGAAAGAAAUGAGAUGGCCAAUAAGCAGCAGUCUCCAAAGACAAAGGCCAGAAGGUCUUCCAAACGUUUAUCGGCCCAACAGAGGAACCGCCAAAUGGCAAAAAUCAGAGCUGAACGAAAGAAAGUACCUCCAAAGCAAGAGCAACCUCCUAUGAAGAAACAGAAGCUAUCAGCUAGGUGCAAAUCCACAGACACUACAAUCAACAAAGGUCUAUCAACAAGCGUUGCUGAAGGGUUUCCGAAGCUGAGGGCCAGAGUUCCUUUGCCCACCACUCCCACAGUUCUUAAACGCAAACCUUUUGCUCAGAAGGCUAAGAACACAGAGGAGCAAGAACUUGAGAAGGUGCAGCAGCUUCAGCAGGAACUGGCUGAGGCUCUGAAAAAGAAUGAAGAGUCCCUUAAAUCUGCUUUAGCUGGAGAUCUACCAUUGAAAAAGGUGCCCAUUCAGGCUACAAAGCCUGUGGACUUCCACUUCCACACUGAUGACCGUCUCAAGCGGCAUCCAAACGAACAGGCAACAGAAUACAAACAAGUCGACUUUUCUGCCGAACUUAGAAAGCAUCCACCAUCUCCGGCCGGCAAAUUGAGUCGUACUGUGGUCAAACCCUUCAACCUCUCCAAAAGUAACAACAAAAGAAAACUUGAGGAAUCCGCCACAGAGUACACGUCCACUGCCGAGCAAGUCAUGGCCUUCCAAAAGAGAACCCCGCAACGAUUCCACCUGCGAAGCCGGCUGAGGGAGAUGGAAGGACCAUCACCAGUGAAACAUCAGAGGGCCAGGGUAACUCUUCCAAAGACCCCACAGCUUCAGACAAAGCAGCGACACCGCCCAACAACCUGCAAGAGUUCUGCUGAGAUUGAGUCAGAAGAACUUGACAAGAUACAGCAAUUCAAGUUCAAAGCCCAAGAGCUUAAUCCAAAGAUUUUGGAGGGUGCACACGUCCUACCAAGAAAACCACCCGUGAAAGAGCCCACCAAGAUAGUUAGCUUUAACAUGGAAAUAGAAAAGCGAAUUCAACAGCGUGAGAAGAAAGAGGAAGAGGAGGAUAUGUUCGUCUUCCAUUCCAGGCCAUGUCCAACAAAGAUGUUACAUGAUGUGGUGGGGGUUCCUGAAAAGAAAAUGCUUCCUAUAACUAUGCCACACUCUCCAGCUUUUGCACUGAAGAACAGAGUUCGUAUGCAGGCAGAGGAGCUGAAGGAGGAGCCGGUCCCUGUUAUCAAAGCCAAUCCAAUGCCUUAUUUUGGAGUCCCCUUCAAGCCAAAAUUAGUGGAGCAGAAACAAGUAGAAGUGUGUCCCUUUUCUUUUAAUAACCGGGACCAGCAUAGGAUGGAAGAGAAGGAAAAAAAACUGGAAGAGCUCCGGAAUGCAGAACCUCCCAAGUUCAAGGCUCAGCCUCUGCCUUAUUUUGACCACAUCAGUCUUCCUGAGAAAAAGGUGAAGGAGAAAACCCAACCAGAACCAUUUAACCUGGAACUUGAUAAACGAGGAGAGACCAGGCAUCAAAUUUGGAAACAGCAGCUUGAAGAAGAACUUAAACAGCAAAAGGAAAUGUCCACGUUCAAAGCACGGCCUAAUACUGUGACCCACCAAGAGCCAUUUGUUCCCAAGAAGGAAAGUCGGAUUCUGACCGAGAGCCUUUCUGGUUCCAUAGUGCAGGAAGCCUUUGAGUUGGCAACAGAGAAGCGUGCUAAAGAUCGCCAGGAGUUUGAGAAACGUCAAGCGGAGCAGGAGACCCAGAGAAUUCUUAUGGCAGAAGAGGAACGUAGGUGCCGGGAAGAGAAGGAAAAGUUGGCGAUCAGCAAGUUAAGACAAGAAGUGGUCCACAAAGCUCAGCCUAUCAGGAAGUUCAAAACCGUGGAAGUCAAAACAAGUGACCUUCCCCUCACCGUUCCCAAAUCCCCCAACUUUUCUGACAGAUUCAAGAUAUGAAAAUUGCAUCUGGUAAUGCAAGUUUGUAAAGAUGUUUGAGAGAUGCCAUAUCUCGAGAGAACCACCUCAGUGGAAGAAGAAGAAAAAAGAAACCUUGUGUGGUAGAGGAGAGGAAAAAAAUGUAGUGUUUUUAAGAUUUGCAUUUUUAAGUAUUGUGGGAAAAUGUGCUAAAUACUAAAGGGUUUCAUGUAAAGUCUCUGUAAAUACUAGUUAUAACAUUUUUUGUUUUUCUUAAAACUGUACACAAUUAAAAUGUUUGCCUAUUUUUAUUCUAAUAAACCUAUAUAAAAAUCCCAA